GGGUUCAGUUACGUAGCCGUUCUGACCAAAUAGUUCUCUACAACCUACAGUCAGAGCUGAACGUAGAUCUCUGGGAGUAUGGCGCACCAAGCACUCGGGACGCCUACAUCAUGGUAUCGCCGGAGAACAGAGCUGAAGUUUUCGAUAUGCUGGAUGCAAAUAAUAUGAAACAUUACGUCCACUUACCGGAUGUGGCCAAAGCUGUUGAACAACAUGAGGCUGACUUGUCUCGUUGGCGACAGACGAGGAAAUCCCUGGUGCCUUUUGAGACUUAUCCAACAUAUGAUGAGGUGGAUGCAUAUAUGGAACGUAUUGCCAGAGAGAAUCCCAGCUAUGUAACAUUAGUGAAUGUGGGCGAAAGUUUCGAAGGACGAGCUAUCAAAUACUUAAAGAUAUCAACCAGCAACUUUUCAAAUUCAAGCAAACCGAUCUACCUAAUGGACGCAACAAUGCAUGCGAGAGAGUGGGUGACGACCCCAGUGACUCUUUAUACCAUUCAUCGAUUGGUGGAAGAUUUGAAAGCAGAAGACUUUGAUCUACUAGAGAACAUUGACUGGAUCAUAAUGCCGAUUGUCAAUCCUGACGGAUAUGUAUACACUCAUACAGACGAACGUCUCUGGCGCGGAACCCGAUCUUACUACCCGACAGUCAGCACCACUUGUUAUGGGGUCGACGCCAACCGCAACUUCGACAUCAACUUUAACACCCUUGGCGUCUCUAGCAACCCUUGUGCUCUGAACUACCCGGGCCACGAGCCCUUUUCCGAGCCCGAAACGCGAUAUGUGCGGGAUAUCCUUUUGAAGUAUAUUGACCGAAUCCAAAUUUACAUGAAUAUUCACAGUCACGGAAACUACGUUCUUUAUGGCUAUGGAAACACUACUUUGCCGUCUAAUGCAGUGCAGUUGCAUCACGUGGGGGCUGCGAUGGGCGCGAAAAUAGAUGCUUUGAAGCUACCUGAAGCUGGAUAUUAUAGAGUUGGAAACAGUCAUUUGGUACUGUACGGCAGUUCUGGUAGCGCUCAGGAUUACGGUCAGGCUGUUGGCGUACCAUUCUCCUACACUCUGGAACUCCCCGGUUAUGGCUACGGGUUCCUGGUGCCCCCUGAGUUCAUCGAACAGAUAAACGCAGAGACCUGGCAGGGUAUAGCUGUUACCGCCCGUCUCUCAUAUUUGUAUUAUAGAGCGAGGAACGAGAGAACAUACUCCGUCCACGGUGUCCAGUUACGUCACCGGUUAGACCAAAUAGUUCUCUACAAUCUACAAACUGAUUUAAACGUAGAUCUCUGGGGUCAUGGCGCACCAGAAAUUCGUGAUGCAUUCAUUAUGCUAUCACCAGAAAACCGUAUGGAAGUCUUAGACAUUUUAGAUUCGAAUGGCAUGAAACAUUAUCUCCACAUCGCUGAUGUGGCCAAAUCACUUAAGAAACAUGAAGCUGACUUAUCUAGUUGGCAUCAUGGCAGACAGAACCUUGAGCCUUAUGAGACUUACGCUAGACAUGCUGAGAUUAACGCGUACAUGGAACGAAUCGCAAUACAAUAUCCAAACAUCGCGAAGCUGGUAACUAUAGGCGAAAGCUUCGAAGGGCGAGACGUAAAAUACUUAAAGAUAUCAACAAGUAAUUUUGCAAAUACGAGCAAACCAAUUUAUUUCAUGGAUGCAACAAUGCAUGCCAGAGAAUGGAUAACUACACCAACAACCCUUUAUUCAAUUCACCGAUUGGUGGAAGAUUUAAGAGAAGAAGACAAGGACUUGCUGGAAGACGUUGAUUGGAUCAUACUGCCAGUCGUUAAUCCUGAUGGAUAUGAAUUUAGCCAUACGGAGAACCGUCUUUGGCGCGGUACCCGUUCAGUCAAUGAAACAACCAAUGAACUCACGAACACUUCUUGUGUCGGCGUCGACCCCAACCGCAAUUUCGACGUCAACUUUAACACCCUUGGGGUAUCUAGCAACCCCUGCUCUCAGAUUUACCCCGGUCAUGAACCCUUUUCGGAGGUCGAAACUAGAUACGUCAGGGAUAUUCUCUUAGAGCACAUUGACCGUAUCCAAAUUUAUAUGGACAUCCACAGUUAUGGCAGCUAUGUUCUCUAUGGACUUGAUAACGCCACGUUGCCGGCUAAUGCAGUGCAUCAGCAUCACGUAGGAGCCGCGAUGGGUGCUAACAUAGAUACUGCAAAGCUGCCGAAUGCUGAUUUUUAUGCUGUCGGGAACAGUAACCUGAUGUUAUAUGGCACUUCUGGCGCUGCCUCUGAUUAUGCUCAUGUUGUUGGUGUACCGAUGUCUUACACACUGGAGCUACCCGACUACGAAUACGGAUUCGACAUGCCUCCUCAGUACAUCGAGCAGGUUAACAUGGAGACCUGGAAAGGCAUUGCAAUUACGGGUCGACUCGCCGCCUUGUAUUAUAAUGCGAGAGUUCGAAGCUGA